UUGACGUGUUUAUUUCACGCUGUUUGUUCAAUUUUGCAAAAAAAGGGCUCAUUGAAAAAGCCGGUACCACUGAUUGAACGUAGCGUAAGUUAAAAAUAAUUACACAAUAUGCUGCGAACGCUUUAUCUAGGUGUUUUAUUGUGUGCUGCGGGGUCACUGGCCCUGUACGACUCUUCGUCUGACGUGAUAGAAUUAACGCCCAAUAAUUUUGAUAAACUAGUCCUCAAUUCAGAUGAAGUAUGGAUAGUGGAAUUUUAUGCACCUUGGUGCGGUCACUGUAAGAACCUGGUACCCGAAUACAAGAAGGCCGCGCGAGCACUCAAGGGUAUAGUCAAAGUAGGAGCAGUAAAUGCAGAUGAACACAAGAGUUUGUCACAGAAGUAUGGAGUCAAGGGCUUCCCAACUAUCAAGAUGUUCACAGGCAGCAAAAACACUCCGUACCAGGGCCAGAGAACGGCAGAAGCAUUUGUGGACGCUGCCCUCAAGGCUGCCAAGGACAGGGCCUACGAUAACCUCGGCAAAAAGUCUAGUGGCUCAUCCUCAGACAAGUCGGAUGUCAUUGAGCUGACGGACAGCAACUUCAAAGAACUGGUGCUGGACAGUGAAGACCUCUGGUUGGUUGAGUUCUACGCCCCGUGGUGCGGUCACUGCAAGAACCUGGAACCACACUGGGCUAAGGCAGCCACUGAGCUUAAGGGCAAGGUGAAGGUUGGCGCUCUAGACGCGACAGUCCACCAGGAGAUGGCCGCCCGCUACCAGGUGCAAGGCUACCCGACCAUCAAGAUGUUCCCGUCGGGCAAGAAGACCAGCGACUCGGUGGAGGACUACAACGGAGGCCGGACGUCCAGCGACAUCGUCGCGUGGGCCCUUGACAAGGUUGCCGAGAAUGUGGCGCCGCCGGAAAUUAUUCAGAACAAGAUGUGGGGAUGGAUUUGGGCUGAAGCGGGCGCGCAGCCUGCUUUGGAAGACGCGCUCGAGCUGGGCGGUUUUGGCUACCCGGCGAUGGCGGUGGUCAACGCUAAGAAACUCAAGUUCUCCACGCUGCGCGGGUCAUUCUCAGAGAAUGGCAUCAACGAGUUCCUCAGAGAUCUGUCGUUCGGUCGCGGCCAGACGGCUCCAGUGAAAGGCGCUGAAAUGCCCAAGAUCUCCGCCACCGAGCCCUGGGACGGGAAGGACGGCGAGUUGCCGCCAGAAGAGGACAUCGACCUCUCCGACGUAGACCUUGAGAAGGACGAGUUAUAAGUCAAACGCCUCCGAGCUUCAGUUUCAAGUCUGAUUUAGGUUUAGAUUUACAGGUCUGAGGCGGCCUCCAACAGUAAAGCUUGAGGAAACAACUGAUAAAUCAAAAGGACGCUAUGUGAGCGGGUCGGCAGUACUUACAAUGUCUGUGUAGGUUUUAUCCCUAAUAGUCAUCUACUCACACCGGGAAUAUCAAUGAAAUUUUACCGUCUGACUGUGCCCAAUGAUGCCGACCCGCUCGCGUUUAAUUAACGUCUCUAACACAAAUUAGCAUUAUUGGCUUUGUUAACUAAGAUCAUUUUUGUCCGAAAGUGAUAGAUCGAUGUAAUUUAUACUCACAACUACUUUUGUUUACCGAUAGAACGGCGCCUAUACUUAAAUUGUGUUUAACAGCGCCGUGCGGGUUUUAACAUGGAGAGCUACCUACUUUGGCGUCAACGAAUGUGUUGCGCAUAUCAUAGCAUAGGUUUCAAUAACUAUACCUAACGUUAAACAAUCAGACAAUCGGCAAAUUACAGGCAAUAAUAUUCCAGCUAGUAGAUUCAGCGAUACAUAAUUUUAUCUAAGGUUUAUUUUUAUAGGAUAUUUAUUAUGAAAUACCUUUAUUUGAAAAUCACAAUGUUGAAACUACUAUUUUUUCGCGACAUUUUUUUAUGUAAUAUUUUCUGUAUAAUGUGUAUUGUAUUGUAUGCAAUGAUGAUGAAUGAAUUGGUGUUUUCUUAAGGAGCGUAAUAUCAUUAAAACUUUUGUAUUAUAGUAUGCAACUUAGAAUAUCUCAAAUUAUUUAUUAAAUUGAACUUUGGUGAGAAUUUAGGUAGAUAUUAGCUGGCAAUUCUUCCAAUAAAUACUGUACCUUA